AAUGGGACCCGGGAGUCCCCCUCCUGCAGAUACUUCUGUUCGGUCCCAGAACUCUCUUGGCCGAAUAAGUGGAUUGGCACGAAAGUCCAGCCAUUGGUGGACCGUGGAAGAGGGUGUGGCAGUGCGUUGGCAUUCGCCGACCAAGCCUCCCUCGUGACUUGAACAUUCUCCAGAAACAUCGAAGCGGAAUCGACGGCACUCCUCCUAUUGGUAGAGGUGAUGUCGAUGACGGAACAAACAAAAAUCUCUGAAAACAAAGAUCGCAUGUCCAAGGCUCUAGGCGCCGCAUUUUUGGGCCACCAAGUUGAACAGCUCGAGAAUAGGGCUUUUACUGGCGCUUCCGGUAGGGGCGGCAGAGGCCGUGGUGGUCGUGGACGUCCUUGGGCUGGGCCCGACUCUCAGGCUCGUGGCAGCGCGGGAAACCCGGUAGCACGCAGUAACGUCCGCGGUGGCGGCAGUAGUGGUGUUCCGGUCCUGAUUCCCCCCAAAGAGCAUGCGCAAGUAGGACGAAAGAGGUCUUUCACUCUCCAUCCGGACCCCGAUGCCAAGCCGAUUGUCCCAAGAGAGCGCGAGAGGACCGCAAUGGCCAAUAUCAUCAUCCUCGAUGCGAGUAUUCUCGUCCAUGCCCUCGGUCAGGUUAAGCGUUGGUGCAAGGAAGAAAGGAAGGAGAUACUUGUGAUCCCGCUAGAAGCUCUGAAUACACUUGACUUACUGAAGAAAGGCGGAUCAACCAUUGCCAUCCAUGCUCGCGCCGCGUCCCGAUUCUUGGAGGCGCAAGUAGGCACUAAUCCACGAAUACGUGUGCAGGGAGACGAGCAAUUCAUUCCAUGGGACGACCUAUAUUCUCGGGCAACGGGGGCCAGUUCUGAGCAAGCCACAACAGACACACCCGGUGACUUCGCAUUGCCGUCUCAAGAACAUGCACCAGAAUGGAUGCGUCAGAUCGUGUGUUGCACGGGUUGGGAAACCCUCGCUGCUUCUGCCCCACUGCCCGAGGGUGGUCCAGCUCAUCACAAGAAACCAAACCGAGUGGCUCUCGCUAUCAUCAAACCCAAUCUCAGUCCUGCGGCGCUCGAGACUCAGGAUUCUUCAGUGAUCAAACAUCUUCCGCGUACAACGGGCGAUCUUCUCCGACUUUGGGCCCCUAAACUGGGAUUGAACCUGCUUCAAAUCGAUCAAGGGGCGUCUGAGCGUCAGGAAAGUCGUGGUGACAGACACAAGAGCUCCACGUCGGAAUACGGUGGCCAUCACAGGCGAGGUGGCCGUUCUUCCGCCGAUGAAAGUCGUGGGCUAGUGGAAAAAGUAAAGAAUGGUCUGAACACCAACAGCCCAGUCGCCAUCGGUGGUGCGGCGAAGAUACGAUUAUUGGCGCGUGGGGAGAAACUUGACCCUUGAUUGACAUUCUAGUUGUUUCGGCCCUGGUAAAUCAAAAGACAGCCUUAUUAAAUUGCUCCGGCGUUAUGUUCCGUGGCGAACCGGUGUUCGCCGCUCGGACUGCACAACAUUCAUGGCGUCACCAUCAAUCUGCGUAAUGGCGUUAUCGCUCCGCUGACAUUUGUUUGGCUACUACUCAUCCA